AGGAAAACAAAGCUUAGAUAACAUGGUAUCCUCCUCUUUGCACGCGUCUUGCAUAUUCAAGAACUCUAACAAAAGAAGAGUUUCUCUCAAUUCUUUGCCUGAUGAUCUUCUUUUGGAGAUUUCUUCACGUACCGCUGCUUCUUCCUUGUCAGCGGUUCGUAAUCUCAGAUUAGUUUCCAAAACGUUUAAAAGAACAUGCGAUGAAAAAUACGUAAUCUCUCGACUUUCCCUCCACGAACUCACUCUUCUGAGUUGGCAUCAAGGCCCUGAACCUCAAAGGAAGGCAAGGAGUUUAUCUAACUUCUACAAGAGAUGUCGAAGGAACGGGAAUCCUGAAGCCUUGUACCUCAAAGGCGUCAACAACUACUUUCGAAGAAACCAAAAACACAAAGGACUCAAACUUUUAUCUCAAGCUGCGAAAAAAGGAAACAAAGAAGCAAUCUAUAUUUAUGGACUGAUCCUAAUCUGUGGUGGAGGCAGAGACAUCUACGAGGAGGGACCGGUUUUGCAUGGAGGCGAAACAAAACAAGAGGGUUUCAAGAUCUUGUCUUCUUUAAUGAAACCGUUAAUGUCAAAAACGUUGAAGGAGCUGGUGGAUAUGCGGGACAAGAUUGGAGGGAACAUUCGGUGGCUUGGCACACCGGUGAUGAAAGAGCUCAAAAGAGCGUACGUUCCAGACAAGUGCGGGUGUGAUGGUCGAACCAGUGACUUUAUUAUAGCAUAUAAUUGUGCUUGGCAUCGAUACGGCGAGGAUAACGACAUGAAUACUUCUUCUGCGUGUGAGAUUUGUCUGUGGGAUCAUGAAGUUAAAUGUUUUUUUGACCCUAAUGAGUGAAUUAUGAUAAACUAUAAUUAAUAAA